AUGACGUCUAUGACAUUUGGCCAGAAAAAGUUCAUUCCCACUGCUCCGGAAAAAGGUAGUUUCCCAUUGGACCACGAGGGCCAAUGCAAGAAGUUGAUGUUGUACUACAUGCGUUGCCUACGAACGAACAACGACGACAAUUCCGCCUGCCGACAGGAGUGCCGAGCCUAUCUGCAGUGCCGCAUGGACCACAAUUUAAUGGCCAAAGAAGAUUUCUCCAAACUUGGAUUUAGUGAUAGUGAAACCGGUGACAAGCAGAGCAAAACAAUCUAA